UAUAGCGGAAACAAGUAGCGCCCUCUUUACUGCGUACCUUUCUGGCGCAAGCGGCCCAAAGAUGUUGAUGCCCAAGAAGGACCGUGUGCUCAUCUAUGAAUACCUCUUCAAGGAGGGUGUUAUGGUGGCGAUGAAGAACCCACACAAGCCUAAGCAUCCGAAUGUUGCUGUCCCCAACCUGUUUGUGAUGAAGGCCCUGCAGAGCCUGAAGUCGCGCGGUUACGUCACGGAGCAGUUUGCCUGGCGCCACUACUACUGGACGCUGACCAACGAGGGCAUCACCUACCUGCGGGACUUCCUGCACCUGCCCUCCGAGAUCGUGCCUGCCACCCUGAAGCGGCCGACGCGUGCCGAGACGGCGCGGCCGCGCGCCGCGGCGCCGCGGCCCGACGGCACCAAGAUGGAGGGCGACCGGGCGGCGUACCGGCGCGCCGGCGAGGGCGGCCCCGACAAGCGCGGCGAGGCCGGCGCCGGCGCUGGCCAGAUGGAGUUCCGCGGCGGCUUCGGCCGCGGCCGGGGUCCCAUGCCGCAGUGAGGGGUUGGGUGCGCUCGCCCGGGCAGACGGACACAAUAAAGGCCAGCUGUUCGGGU